GCUGAGGCUCAGAGGGACGACGCGGCGGAGGCGGCGUUGGAGGCUCUCUUUUCACAAAGAGCGCCUCGAAAUGCGCAUGCGUUUACUUUCAUUAUUUAUUAUUAUUUAAUCGCGCUCUGCAUUGUGAAACGCGGUCUUGUACAACGGCCGUUGGGAAGGGUGGCUCGCGCUUUGCAUUUUUCGAUUUGUGUUGUUCCAUUUGGCCGAACCUAUUUGCGAUUGAAGCUGCAUUUGCUAUUAAGGCACCGCGUAACAACCCUCACGCAUUUCCCCACCAACCCUCCUCCACCACCAACCCUCCUCCACCACCAUCCUCCUCCACCACCAACCCUCCUCCACCACCAACCCUCCUCCACCACCAUCCUCCUCCACCACCAACCCUCCUCCACCACCAACCCGCCUCCACCACCAUCCUCCUGCUCCUGCUGCUGGGUGCGUCCGGCGCGGCGCCGGCCGGGACGCGCUCAGGCGACAGCGGCGUUCGAUCCCCCGGGUGCGAUGGCCAGGCUGCUGCUGCUGGCAGCGUGAGUAGUAUCCCCGCGCGGAGAGGCUGUUUGUUUGUUCAUCGGGGACUUCAUUAAUUACUCAUUAGUGGCGACCGGCAGCAGCAAACCUCAUCCGUGAUGCCGCCGCCUAGCAGCCCUGCGGACAGCUCCGCGCUUUGGGCGCCAUCCCCCCCGGCUCUGCUUCGUCUUCUUCCCUGGCUCCUCGUUACUCUGCUGGCUCCAGCUGCAACAGCCAUGCCGGAUCAAGUGCCAUUCCCAGCACAUAACGACACCUUGACGACCACCCAAAACUACUCAAUGUUGCGUCAGGUCAACGCGUCGUCUUCGCAGGAGACCAGCGGAAGCAACUUGACGUCGGUGUUGUCCACCCCGUUGGAAACCGCCCAACUGGAAGACUCCCACAGGAGGGCACCCGAAGUGCCUCUCAACGUGUCUCCGUCCACGCCUGUCUACGUUCACGAAUUUCCAUCACCACCUGGUCGGAAUCAGUCGGCACCGCUUGCCACGGACCACAGUGUACUGGCUGACGGAGCUGGAGACAUGCCGGGUGCAACUGCACAACCUCAUAACAAUGCUCACAGUGAUGACAACCAAGGCUAUGUCUUUGGGAGCAGUGGAGAUGGGUCACCUACGGAAAACCCACAGCACUUUAAAAUUGUCGAAAUGGUAAAUUCCGUGACCUCCAAAAUCGAAAGAAGUCCCGAAUUUGUCCAAGCAUUUGAGAAAGAUGAUUUGGUUGUGCAGGAGCUGCAGAGCUUUGAGAAAAUGGACAUCUCUGAGCCACGGCACGGCAGAGAAAGCAAUGAGGUCUACACAGCGAAGACAGAAGUCGUGACAGUAACUAAAGUGUUACCAAAAGACACUACCACCAGUGGCCUCUUGACUGAUGCCAUCACGAUCGCCAUUCCUCCAAUGCCAACGAAGCAGGAGGCUACAGAGAAAAAUUCCGAGCCAAGUCUCACCGCUCAGGGGGAGGAGAGUUUUGGAAACCUGGAAGAUAUCGAACUCAAAACGAGCGCCAUCAAAACUGAAUCUGUGGAAGGUUUUGAACCUUACAAUGAAGGGUCUCUGAAUGUAGGGCUGCCAUUUAUUAGAAACACGGAGGUGAAAGAUGCCUUGGAAUCUACUGCAUCCACUGUCACUUCAAUGGAAGAACCUUGGUUCAACAUGACUGAAGCACCCAGUUCAGAAGGUGAGGUUUUGUCAGAGGGAUGGAAAGGUGACGGGCUAGUUGACGUCGAUGACAAAGAUGCAUCACUUGUGGGAAAUGAAGACGCAAAUGAUCACGCCACAAAUUCCAAGACACAAUUAGAAGCUCCCAAUGUUGGGAACUCAUCUGAGACGUAUGCUGACUUUGGCGACACCGGUGAGAUAUAUGAUGGCGUUGACAGCAAAGGGACACUUCAGCUGGAAGAUUCAAGUAAGGACAGUGACAGUUACUGGAGCCAGCGAUCCACUGCAGACCCAGACCUUGAGGAUUCAAGGGAAUCGUGGUUCGUGACUACCGUGACGGACAUGCAGCCCAGGACUCCUGAAGCGGAAGAACUUGCUCCACAGAUAACGAGAGGACCAGCAGCGAUCAACGACGACGACGAUGAUUACGGUGACGUUAAUAAUUUAACCUACGGAGAUGGAAGCCUGAGCGCGGAGCCAACAACGUCACAGAUCUCCAGCAGCAGCGGCCCGGUGGACACUAUCGCACCUUGGGACGAGGCCAAGUCGAAGGGCAAGGCUGUGGCAGCGUCGGAUGCUGCGAGCUCGUUUGAGCUGGUGGACGGAGUGAGGAAGUGCAGGCCGGGCUACGCUCCACACAACGCCUCCUGCAUCUCGGUGUGCGCAACGACGCCCCACUAUUGCUACAACAAUGGCCGCUGCUAUUUGGUGGAAAACCUGGGAGCCAUAUGCAGGUGCUCGGCACAGGAGUACAGCUGGUACAAGGGCGCCCGGUGCCAGUCGGUGGUGACGGACUUCCAGGUGGGAUGCGUGGCGGUGGGCACCGCUCUGCUUGUGCUCUUCCUCAUCUUCAUGCUCAUCGUCUUCUUCGCCAAAAAGCUGCACUCGCUGAGCACUGAGAACCAGCAGCUGCGCGCAAAGAGCCUGCCCAAGUGUCAGCUGGAGGUUGGAGCUGACAACUUCUCCUUGUCGACAGUGGCUGUGGAGUCCUGCAUGCCCCCCCCACCUCGCAAGAGCUGCCAAGAGUCGCCCAGCCUGCUGCCCAGUGCCCGUGCCCUCAACUAUUAUGACAACAUGCUGUGUACGGACGACCCCAGCCAGAAGCAGGAGAAGAACGGGGAGUCUGGGGCCAUCACUGUGGGGCACGGGAAGCCUCUGAACGCCAGCGCCUCCGCAGGGCACCCGCCGCACGUCCCGCACGCUAAACCCGAGAACACGUCCGACGACAAACCCAGCGAUAGCCGCUCCUUCCAAAACAACCUCGCCUGAAGGCGCGUCGGGUGGAGUAACCGCGUGGCAACCGCGUGGAGCUUGCCCUCAAACCUUGAAAGCCUCGCCUCCGAGCUCCACGCCUCUUUCUACGCACAACCACAACAACAGAGCGGAGUCUCUGGUAAGAUUUUAUAAUUUUGGAGUGGCAGCGGUGGUUCCUAAUAAUAAAGGUGUUAAGUACACAUCACCAGCAUUUAAUUUUAGGCUUUGUACGGUACUUGUAUUGGCAUUCACUGUAGUUGCACGCGUUUACAAGGUUGUGUGACAGUUUUAAUACUGGUGUACAAAUAAUCCAAUCCCACUGGAAUUUAUGUUUAAUUGAAGCAAGGUUGUCAACCACGUACCACACCCAUGUGCAAAUGUUGACGUUUAGUUUUAACCCAAGUUAAAGGAACCUUUUUGUGUUUCACUUCGUGACGGCGAAGGGAAACGCCACUCGUUAAUCAAUCCGUUUCUUGCUCUCUGAUACCACUCCAUUUAUGACUAUCGCACAAAGUAUUUUAGGGAAUGAUUUUAUUCACUCGGACUUUGCGAUCUAACCUUAUACCUAAACAGAUUUAAGUUUAACACGUAGGCUUUUGCGACCAAUAUUAUUCAUAAUGAACGUUUUGGGUUUAGAUUUUACUGGAACAUGUAUAAUGACAGAUAUAUCAGCAGCGGUAAACCACAAUAGAUUUAAAAUAAAUUUUUGUUAUAAAACUUAAAAGCAAUCUCCAAUUGUGUAACAAUAUUUCAUAAACUUACCAACUUUGCUAUUUUGUUCUACAACAUAGGGCGUCACGAUGGCGAGCUGUUAACUACCUCGCCUGUUAUACAGGUUGUGGAUUCGAUCCCGACCGUGACGUCUGUAUAUUUGGAGUUUGCGUGUCUCUCUCUCUCUUUCCUCGUGGUCGUGUGGAUUUUUCUCCCGGGUCCUCCGAUUUUCCCUCCACAUUUAGAAUCAACAUCAUGCGUCUGAAAAAGAGCAACAUAGCUAAGUGGGUCUUACCAUAAAAAGAAAAAGAAAACUAUAAAAAAAUUAUGAGAUCUCUUUUACCAGUGGCAAAAUAUAGUAGUAAGUUUUUACCAGUUUAAAAGGGUAAAAACUUACUACUAUAUAAAACAAAUGUUGCAUGUUAGUUAGGUAUUGCAGCCAAAUACAGUCCCACCUGUAUGAACAAUCAUACAAUGCAAGUUAGAUAAGCCCCAAUACCGGGUCUUCCCCUCUUGCUCAGAGGCCCAGUCUGAAGAUCUUACCUAAAGCACUGAAGCAAUCUCGGUCGUGAACUUUGGCCUACUCUAUGAAAAAUAAAUUACAUCACUGGCACUAAUAUAGCAUCUGUCACCCACCUUUUCGAAAUUUCCGCAGGACCAUCUGGAAAAUUGUUUGAGACUUAGCGAGGCGUUCCUGGGUAAAUAAGUGCCAAUCAUAAUAAUGAAGUCUAAAGUUGCCUAGGCAGCGUUGGGAAGCAAGUCAAAUACAUGUACAAUAAACAUGGAUAAAUACAUUGCAUAAAAAGAUCAAACGGGGUUUUAUUCCGACGUAGAAAUUAAGGCAGAAUUGUCCAUUGCUGGGGUGUUCUUACCGGUUGACUGUUGUCAAUGUCACGUGACCUUAUUCCAGUCAACCAGGAGCAUGAGAUAUGCUGCAACAUGAACACACCUUCAAGAUAAUGUAAAAAAGUUUUGGAGAUCUAAUGUCUAAUGUUGAUUUGUACUUGUAUAUGGUUGCAGCCCAUGUUACAUAAACCAUAAUGGAUAUAAAUAUUGUUGCAAGCUGCAAGUUUUGAUGUUAUUUGCGUAUUUCGAAUACAAUUUGAAUAUUUGUUUCCAACAAACAAUAUGUAUAGGUAUAUAUAAAACACUUCUUCCUUAAGAGUGCAUCGGAAUAUGGUCAUCGAGAAGUAACUUGAAAGAAAAAAAACAGGGUUUACGUGAAAUUACUUAAACUAUAAUUGAAAAUACAUUUUGCAGAGUUGGUGUUGCAAUUUUCCUUACGAAUCGUCAGUUCUCAUUUGGAGAUGUCUUAAAAUAAAAACUGAUAUCAAACUGUAAUUGCAAUCGUCACGACGUUAUAUAUUUGUAAUGCUUAGCCAUUAUUAGCUUGUAUACGAUAUAUAUUACAUUUUACAUGAAGCAAGUAUCCAAUUUGCAAUUACUUGCUUGCAAUAACUUAAGAGCACGAUUGCCAAAAUGGUGUUAAUACGAGAAAGUAUGCUGAACAGUGUAUCAUUAUUCAUGUAGAAAUUCAAAAUUAAAUGCGAAAAAAAAUGAAACUAAAACCUCUUGUUAAUAAUGGCCACAUCCAAACACUUUGAUUAGUUUUUUUCCCACGUAACGCCACAACAGCCCAGUAUGUUCAGAGCACGCGCUGUUUGUAGCCAGGCCUGACCUUCGCACGUCCUUUCAUGCACCAAGUCGGUCUCCCACACAGGACGUGGGGCAUCCCUCUCCUCCCCACCGCCAACGUGCUCGUAAGUCUGUAAAGGUACAAAUAGGGGCGGGCCACUCGACUCUGUAUUCUGCACGCAUGGGCACGAGAGCCGUGCUGCUUGCCUUCACUUCGCUUCAUGCCAGUGCAUGAUUACGCGUCAGCACUGUAGGUUACCAUUAGCCAUUGUCACUUCGCUUGGAUGCGGGCACUCUCCAUGUCAUUACCAUCCCUCAUGGGCUUGCCAUCCCUCUGGUGGAACCAUGAACAUCAACAGGCCGAUGCGCACAUCUCCUUCAUGAAUGGAAAAUUAAAGGCACGAGCCACAGUGAUAUUGUGGACAUGCAACUCAAACUACGGACCAUAUAGUAAACCCACUGUGGUCUACACUCCUUCAACAGAGGAGGAGGAAGACCAAAACCACACGAACUCUCUCUCUCUCUGCUGGAGCCCUCUCGUCGUGGUCAGCAGACAUCGGCAUCGAGCUCCUGAACGUAUUUGUGCGAUCGUACACAAGAACAGCGUGGUCUUGUGAUGGGGUAAACUGUCUCGAUCCUGUGCGUGGGCUCAGAUCGUUGCUCGAUCUCUGCAGUUGUCUCAGGCGUGUUUGCUCCUUUGGUUGCCGUUAUUUUUCUGUGCGUUUAGUUUGUUGUCCUUCCACCGCACCUCCGAUUAGCACGGUUGGCUGCGUAAGGUGUGAAAGAAGUUCCACACACAUCACACACAUACAUCCAACAUAUUUACAUACAUACAUCCACACACAUACAUUGAUACAUUUCGUCUGCAGUCUCAUCUGUGGGCUGUCAGCCUUUCCCGCGAUGCGUCCUCUCCAUGGCCACUGCAAGUUGCAGGAUGUGGGUGUCCCCCGUUCACCGCUGAAUCUCGAAACGUGCAAAGCAUGUUCAGCGUUAAUUUUAUUUAGAGAGGUGUAGUAUUGCCAUUGUUUUUAAAGACGUCAUUACUUACCGCAGUGAACCGUCGCGACACGACCACCUCUACUCUAUGAUAGCUGGCACCAACACUGCCACAUGCCCUCCCGCAUGACCUUGUGGGAGCCACGGUACAUCUUCCGACCUGAAGACGUACCGACAACGUUAUUGCGCACGUACGUCAUCAGAAUGGGAAAGGUUUAAUACACAGUUAUAAGUUGGCUCUAAUUUGCAUCGGUUUUCUGAUCCAUGUGUUCACAUUUCUGUUUCGUGAUGUAAUUACAAGCCUCCGUCUCUCUGUACUUCAUGAAAGUCUUCUUUCGGAACAUUGCCUUUAUUUAUCAUAUUCCGUUUUACAUCCUCUUUUAUUUGUGUCUUUUCUUUCCUAAAUGUAUCUCAAUUAUCUUCAAUAAUUGAUCUCGGUAUACAUACUCUUGUGUUGUUCAGUAGUGUCCUUCAAACAAUGAUGUUAGUUUGUUUAGUAAACUUGAAGAUUACGGCUUUAAUAAAAAAAAUUGCAUAACCUAUCGAGCCACAUUUGAGAUGAUCGGAAUUAAAGUUUAGUGCCCCCAGCAUGUUGCGACCCCCACUGCCACUGUGUAGAAUAUUAUUACGUGCCAGGGACUCUAUGAGAUGAUAGGACAAUAGUCUGAGUCCAUAAUUGGCAAUAAGUAAUGGCAAAGCAGUUAUAAGUGACUCAGAAUUGUGCGCAGUUGCGUAUACAGUACACGACUUCCCUGAAGGCAAACACCUUCAGCGAGCGUGAUGCCGAUCACACAACGCGGUUCGAAUUCGACCCUCGAUCGAUGGCUGCACCAUCGCCGCACACGCGUCGAAUAAAAGCAAGGGACAAGUCCUUACUCACUAAGAACUCCUCUAUCAUGUUUCAUUGCUGGAGGGGUUGUCCCCCCUACCUGAAAAUCCUGGCUCCGCCAUUGCCCCCAGCGCACUCAAGGCAUCACCUUUCGGUGCCAUUUCAUACGUGUUGUAUGUAGUUUCUUUUAUUUUUAUUGUUUUAAGCUUAAAUAUACAAUAACACAACAUUAAACUUCUAAAUUUAAUCCAUAGCAUCUACAAAAAUAUAAAUAAUUAAACUUUUAAGAUCUGAAUACUUAAAUUAGAAAAAAGCCACUUUUGCAAGAUACAAAUAAUUGUGAAACAACCUUACAGUGUUAUAUUGAACGGCAUAGUUCGGCUUAAUUUGCAUAAUCAAUAAUGGUGCAUGCUAUAAUUAGCAUUGUAACCCCCUGUGUCAAUACACUGCUCGAUGAAGGCCCACCAUGCUGUACUUUGUGGGGUUGACCAUACUUCACCACAUUGGUCAGUGGAGGUUGAAGGGACAGCUACGUAUAUUCGCCAGAGUAAAUAAAGGGGUAAAGUAUGGCAUUUGUUUUUAAUAGUGGAAUGAUUGAUCGAUCGUAUAUUAAGAUACCAUGGUCGAUGAUAAAUGUUAAUUUAAUACAUUAAAUAGUACUGUAUAUCGUAUUACGCUAAAUUUUUAAGGGAUUAGUUUACUGCAAGAAAGUUAUAUUUUCACCGUUUGUCCUGUGGACUUUCUAGAUUUCUUUUCCAGAGUUAACAUUUGUUUAAACACGGUACCAUUAACCCAAUUUGAAGUUUCGGAUUUUCAUUAGCAAAGUGUCACCUGCUUAAUUUUACACGGUAUACAAUAUAAGUUAAAUUGAUAGUUCAUUCCAUGCUGCAUUACUGGACUGUACAGCAAAAUAACCACCACAAAAAUCAGUCAAUCAAUCUGUAUUAUACAUGCCAAUAUAUAAAGUGGGCAUCACAGGGGAACGGGAACGGUACAGGGGGCAUCGAGCAACAGGAAUGAAGAGAGAACCCGUCACGACCUCAGCGGCUAACACUAACUGAGCAAAGUAAAUCGCCUUUUAGCUCAACGAAGUGGCUUAUGUGGAAAUUGACAGCAGCAGCCAAAUACUCGAAAAUGCUUGACGUUGAUUCGAAAUGUGGAGGGGGAAAACUCGGAGGACCUGGAGAAAAUUCCACGCAAUCCUGGGGAGGGCAUGAAAACUCCAAAUAUAUAGCAGGCGUCGGGGUCGGGAUCGAACCCACGUUUAUCUUUAUACCAGGCGAGGUAGAUAACAUCUCCGAUCCACCGUGGCACCCAUGUUUGGGGCUGACCUCGAGAAGGCUUCGUCACCCCCAGCGUUGGGUGAACAAUGUCGUUGUGAUGGUGCUGUGAGAUGAGGGAUACAGGUGAUGUACAAUAUACGCACACACUCGAGAAGACACGCACAUACUCAAUUUUUGUGAUAAUAGUUUUAAAUUGUUUAUGAAAAGUUGUAUCUAUGGGACCUUUUAGGUUUCACACUGAAUUGCAUCUUGCAAAGGGAUUUUUCUGAUGAAGUUUUCAGAUUUUUUUAAGUUAAAUUGGUUAUAUUUUAGCGCAUUUUUUGCUUUUGUUUAUUUUUGUGUCAAUGUAUGUUUAAGCUUAUCACAAUUAAAAUAGAUUCUAUGGAAGCGGCUACAUCUAUCGCGUAUAAAAUGGCAUCUAGAGGUGGUGCCUCGAUUAAGUUAGGGGCAUUACACUUUCAUUCCAAUAAUCUCAACUGUACAGAGCACCUAUGUGGCGUUUCAACAUCUUAACACCUGUGUUAUUGCCAGAAAGGGUCAAGCCUCUUUGUCUAUUUUUUCAUCAAAAGUGUUGUGCAUUCUGAGAGUAUGAACGGCUGAUUAGUUUUUCAAUGGACAAUAUCAGGUCACGUGUGUCAGUGCCCCUCUUCCUGGUGCAAUGAUCCUGACGGAUAUUAUCGGAGCAUUAUUUUAGUUUGUUGUCCUUCCCCCCCACCCGCACCUCCGAUUAGCACGGUUGGCUAUGUAUGGUGCGAAAGAAGUAGGUGCAUUCGUUCGUAAGCUUUUACUGGAGUUGGCCAUGUUGUAUGUAAGCCUGGUCGCAAUGCGUGACGUUUACGCCCAGAAUAGUAUCCUCAUGGAGCAGAACAACGGGGUAGAGUGAAAUACAUUUCACACAGGAGUGGAAUUAGCCCUGGGAUCUUGCCAUCAUCAGUCGUGGCAUGGCCACUGCUAAAUGAAAGGCUACCUAUACUAUCUCCAUAUGGCACCACCAUCUCACAUUCUUUUUCUGCUGCCGUAUGUAAAUAGUAACACUAACGAGGGUAGAUCGAGGUUUAGUUAGCCAGCCAAGAGCAUCGUAGGGUGCCGACUGAACUUCUGCUAUCCCACGGCAAAAUGAAUAGAAGGGACAGCUGUUGACGUUCACCACAGCUUCAGUGCGGAUUAUUAAUCGCCCACUCGUGCAGACGUGCGUGCCGCACCGUGGCAAGUGUUGAUGACGUUUACGAUCACUCACUCACGCGGGGAUAGCGCGGAGCCAGGAUGCUCGGCCCUGGGGUCUUCAAUCAGGCUCCUCUUUGUGACGUCUGCGCUCAAGUGAUCUCAGCACUCCAUCUCAGCACUCCAUCUCAGCCGUGGUCAUCUUCUCGGGCGCGUUCUUUCCUGUGGCUGCCGUUCCGUCACCAUUCUUCUCCGUUGGCAUCAUCCCUGCUCGCGAUGUGCUCUUCAGCUGUCUGCCCAUUUUCUUUGUCACUGUCCACGUUUCUGAGCUGAGUUAUCGUUGGCAAUAUGGGCCAAAUGGUAACUUAUUAUUUACGUAUGCUGCUCUCACUUGACAAAUACAAUUGUGCAAAAGAAAUCCACCUUCCUCUUGUUUGCAUCUUUAUUUCACUAUUUAGAUCCAAGUGUAUAUCUUAAGGCAUAAUUAUGUUUAGCAAAAUUGUCUAACUUUGCAGCCUUGUUUUUUAAGUCAAAGUAUUGGUUGUUCUAACUUUGUUCGAGUGACUUUUUCAUGAGCAAAUCGAAGACGACUAAUACUUUAUCCAUUUAUGUUGCAUGCUUUUAUUUCUCAAAUCCAUUUUUUUUGUAAAAUAUCCUCUCCCAUUGCUGUGAUUUGCGUUAUUGGCGGGUUGUCUCCUCGGCUGGCUUCUCUUCUGAUUUGUUAUUUCCACUGUCUUCGUGCAGAUCAAUAUUGACGGUACAGUAAUACCCCGAUUUAGCACGGUUGGUUACAUAACAGUGGAAAAUAAGUUAAACUUACAUACACCGCACCUCCGAUUAGCAUGGUCGGAUAUGUAUGUUGCGAAAGAAGUUCAACAUACAUACACGUCUCUCCCUUUUGACAUCGUUUCGUAAGCACGUUGUCACGUUACGAUCACCGCUACCCGAUUAGCGUCGCCUCAACCCCACACACUCGCAUCACUGAGAGCAUCGUCGUCACCCGUUCUCAUUAUCCGUCGCCUUUCAGCCUCCUCCACCAUCACCACCGACUAUCCACUACCCCUGUUCAAAUCGCUUCGAUUCAAGUCGUUUCGAUAUUCGUUGUCCACCCCGACAUCCUAAACCGGGGUAUUAUUGUACCUUAGUUAUUAAUUAUUUUAAUAACUUCUUGUUAUAUUAUUAAAGCCUCCGUUUAUGAUAGCUUAAAUAACUGCUAAAGUUUUCAAUGAAUAAAAUGCCUUGUCAGUGAUUAAAUCCAGGAAAAUUAGUUUAUUACAUGUAUUUAUCUUUUGUAGUUUGAUAGUAAUUUGAUUAAUAGUAGGUAAAAAUACAGUUUCUAAAUCCAGCUCCAACGUUCGAAUUAAUUGUACGUGUAAUAGCAUGCCAAUGGGUCUGUACUUGGACACAUCCGUUUGUGUCUCUCAUGCUGAACAAUGGUGUAUAAUUUAUUUAUUGAUGUAUUUCAUUUCUAUGUGUAAACAUUGAGUGAACAAACAGCAUUUUUUUAUUGUAACAGCUUCCUUGAUAUCUACAAUUAUUUUAUCUGUUCUCAAAGCGUUUCCCCUUUUUCAUGCUGUGAAGGGCAGUUUACUUGUUCAGGUGUAACCGUUCAAACAUAAUCCUCAUCUGAUAAAUGAUUUACCCCUGAGGUAUUCGUUUUUUUUGCUAUAAAAUUUACAUAAAAUGUAGAAUUUUUUUACAAUACAUAACAUCUACAUGUGGUACAAUAGAUAGGUAUAUAACCCUCAUUUCGUUAGAUACGUAACAUCUACGUCAUAGCCAUUUAUAUGUUUCGAAAUGUUUAUCGCUUGUGAAAUGGUCUUCAACCAAUUACAUUUUAAUAUAAACUUGAAACAUUUAUUCUGGCUCAAUUUGAGAUUGCAAUUUCGAAUAGCUUGUCAGUUACGUAUGGGAAAAUAGGCUUACAUACACACAUGCUUAGGAUUUUUUUAACACAUUAAAUUAACGUAUUUAAAUGUUUGCAUUUAUAAUAGUUUUUACGUUUUAACAAUAUGCACGGCACACAUCUACAUAUAUAUAAAUAAUGUUUAUGUAUUAUUGAUGUACAUGUAAUGCAUACAAUAUGCUAUACAUUAUAUACAAACGCACAAUUACACACAAUAUACAUACGCACAAUUACACAAUUAUAUACAUAUACACAAUUCCAAGAUGAACGUGUACAGGCUGUUGAGGCGAGCUGUGGUGCCACCCAGGUAUGGUGUGGGCUGAGCAGGGCUGCAGCCCCCUGGGGGGGUGGGGGGGGGCUCUGCACCAUCCGACUGUGAGCUCCUCUCAUUUUUCCCCGACUCACUUUAACAAAAGAGUUACUACACGUGUUUUAACCCCGUGUACAAUAAUGUGUAGGCUAUAACUUUAUAUUAUUUUAGUUGUGACCGUGUAUUGGGUUCAGGGGAAGACAGUCUCACAGUUACAGGAUAAAUAAAAUAUGUAAAGGUACAAUACGACUCACAAUAAAGUUAUCGUGCGUCUUGCUUUCAUGCCGGCUCCAUUGCUCAACUUUACACUGCUCUAUUGAUAACGAUAGCCAGAUGCGUUAAUCCGGCUUGGUACAUGGUAGACCGCGGGUUAUUUUUAAUUAACAACAAAAAUUUUAAUAUUUUUUUCUAAACAUUUUUAACUUGUUAAUCUGUUGAUUCGGGGGGGGGACACCCUUGUGGCCGACUGUGCCCCAAUGCGUCGCAUAACGCUGCCGCAUACCCACCUCCAUAGAUGCAACCCCUGGGCUUGAGACGUGUCUCUGUCCUGUCAUCCCCCGCAAUGUUUUUUUACGUCCUCAAACAAUACAAUUGUCUCAAAAUGGCAUUGCCAGGAAGCGUGAGGUGUCGUAGAGACAGGAACCACCCUUGUGUGGAUGCACCGCUGGAUAAGAGCCUCAUUGUGCCAUGCCCAUGAUUUGAUGAUCAUGCUGUCAAUAUAUGAAGGUCGACAACACAGAUGUUGGAGCCUCGUACAGGAUAAGGUUGGGCGUUGCCGCACUGAUGACAACCCUAACAUAAAAAUAAUCUACAUUUUCACAUUUUGUUGAGGUGAAUAUACUGUGCGUGUGCUUAAUGUAGCGUGAUGUAUAUGUAUAGCUUUGCGGACGUACACCGUGUUCUUUAGCUUCAUGUUAUUCUGUUGACAGUUCGGGUCGGACAGAGAGGUACUUUGUUAGAGUAGCCAUUGAGUUUUAAGAGUCAGCGCUGACGAUGUGCCCAGCCUCGCGACUGUCUGUACACGGCGCUCUCCCCGUUCGUCACAAACCUUGGGCACCGUCCACGCUCAUGGUGGCGCGACCUCGAAGCGCCACCGUCGAGAUCGCUUUCGUUCGUUGCAUGCGUCAUGGGCGGAGACGUGAAGUGGUGCGGCGUUUCGCGUGAUUGGCCCCGUUGUUUAUUGAGUGUGCAAAAAUGUUCAAUGUUGCGAUUUCAACCGGUGCUGGGUUUUUCGGAUGAUGAUAAUGGUGGAAAUAAGAGUAUUUAUUUUAAAAAAUGAAAAUAUAUAUUGUACGUGGUGACACACACACCUAUAAUAUAGCGCUUUGAAUAAUGGCGGUGGGUCGAAUUGAGAUUCGCAAAACUCACAAAUGCCCUCGCUGCGGCAUUGCUUCUCUCGGCUGCAAUGAUUUGGCUUCUAGACCACGGUACUUAGGAGGUGUUAAACCCCCGUUUUUGAGGUUUGUAAAGUUCAAACGUCACCUUUAUUUAAUAGCAUAAUGCUAACGUUCUCGUAUUGUCGUCGGGCCUUGGGGGCCGUCCAUAAAUGACGUCACGCACCUGGGGGGGGGAGGGUCAGACAUUUGUGACGAUUUGUGACGAGGGGGGGGGGGGUGAAAAAUGUGACGUCACAUCAAAAUACGCAACUUUUAAUAACUGUAAGUCUACUGAAUUAAAAUGACUUUUUAAUAAAUGCUUUCUCCUUAAACAUCAGAGAGUGCAGCGGCACAUUAAAUACACACUACAAUUACAAUAGUUUAAAGCGAUUUGAAGCAUGUUUUAUUUUGGGGGGGGAGGCAGAGAUUUGUGACGUCAUAUUUGAGAGGGGGUCUGACUUUUUGUGACGCCGUGUGACGAAGGGGGGGGGGGGUCAAAAAUCGACCAAAAUCGCGUGACGUCAUUUAUGGACGGCCCCUUGUGCUUCCAUUUGCAAAAUAAAUAAAUGAGCGAGUGUUAUUUCAUUAUUUCCUCUUCUAGCUUAGCACACACGCAGUUUGUUAAAUGUCACGACGGACGUGUGAUUUUGUUUGCCCAAUAACUUUUUAGUCGUAAUAAAUGAAUACGUAAACAAAGCCUCGUGUCAAUCCCGAUGAAGGCCCGCCCGUCCUGUGUCGGUCACAUGUCAGCAUUGGUUUCGUCUGACAUCUUCCACCCGUGUGAUUGUGAGGGGAACCCCAUCAGUUGUUUGGGCUGCACCUACGGUAUUUAACCCAAGUGAAUUUUCGCUCGUUGGUUUUUAAUGAAACUGUGAUGUAUCUGGUGAACCGCAUGCAUUAAUGUACGUCAUUGUAGAAUUCAUACGAUGAGUGAUUUGCGCUAAUUUGCUUCAGUGUGUAAGGUUAUUUUUAAGUGUGCUGUCAAAUUGCUCUUAAACCAAUGUGUUUUUACAUCGCAGAUACAUGAUUCAAUGUAAAAAAUGGGGUUUGAAAGCAAAGUUGAACAUAAACAGUAUUCAAUUUC